AUGAUCUACGGAAUCACUGCUUUGACCGUUUUGAAUUUGAUUGUUGCUUGUGCAGGUUUGAAUGAAAGCAACGCCAGCGCAAUGACAGCUGCAUCUGCGUUUUUGGUGAUGUACAACUUCUUUUAUAACAUUGCUAUUGGUCCAUUGCCAUACAUCAUGGCCACAGAAGUGUCAUCAGUGAGUCUGAGAGCUAAGACCAUGGCCCUUGCUACCAUAACCAACUAUGCCUUCCAGUGUAUGUGGUCGUUUUGUUUGCCAUACAUGUUCAACGCAGACCAGGCCAAUAUGGGUUCCAAGAUCAACUUUAUCUUCACGGGUAUGUCAUUUUUGUCGAUUUUUGUGUUCUAUUUCAUUCAACCAGAAACCGCUGGAAGAUCAUUUGAAGAGAUCGACGAGUUGUUUGCCAACAACGUUUCCCCAAGAAAGUGGAAGUCAUACAAGACUCAGAAGCAACAACAGAGUGACAAGUUUUAUGACAAGUUGAAGCAAGAGGUGUCGCACAAUGAAUAUGCUUCUGAUCAUGAAGAAGUUUGA